AUGUGUGCCCAGUUGAAAGAUUCACCGUAUGUUUGGAUAAAUUCACAUUAUGAAUUAAGGAUUCUCUGUAUCAAUAUGCUUAAAUGGGUUGGCUUAUGGACUCUUGAAUCAAAUACUCCAUCUUUCUUGAAAUGUAUUUAUUUUCUAUACAAUAAAAUCGCAGUGAGCGCAAUGAUAAUAUUCGCGGUAACGCUUUUCACUGAUAUUUGCAUGAUGGUUGAUGACCUAUCGAUAGUGACAGACGAUGGUUGUGUUUUCGCUGGAAUGUUUGUAGUUCUAUUUAACGUGAUCAAUUGUCAAUGUACACGUGAUCAAAUUGCUCGGCUUAGUGACGAAACGUUAAACUCUUGCGAAGAACUUUGCCAAUUGUCUAAAGUCAACAUUACCGAAAAAUUAAGAUAUUAUUUAUGGAGAGAUAAAUUACCAUUCUACAGUUUCUGCUCCCUAGGUUAUCUUUUGGUAAUCGCUUUGAUAUUUUUCGCAUCAACGGAAGAUGGAAGCUUACCGAUACGGGCACGUUAUCCUUUCGACAUUAGGACAUCACCAGGGCACGAAAUUGGCUUCGUUAUUGAAGCCUGUAGUAUAUUUUUUGGUGUAACUGCAAUUUUAGCGAUUGAUACCAUUAUCGUAUCUAUUUGUAAUUUGAUUCUCUUACAAUUAGAGAUAUUAAGUAUGAAUUUUCAGUACUGUUCAACGGCAGAGAUCAGAUUCGAAAAAUUCUUUAAACAAUAUAUUCAACAUCAUCAACGAUUGUUAAACAUGAUCAAUGACUUGAAUGAUCUAUUUAGCUCUAGCAUGUUGGUUCAAAUGUUUUCAAGUACUUCGAUGAUAUGUCUAACUGGAUUUCAAGCAAUUGUGGUUGCUGGACAAGACUCGAAUUUUUGGAAAUAUUCUAUUUAUUUAGGUGCUGCAAUUAGUCAGCUUUUGUAUAUAUGUUGGAUAGGAAAUGAAGUGAUAACUCACAGCACACUGUUAGUUGAUGCACAAUGGCUUUCUCAAUGGCAUAAUCAACCACUCGAUCGAACUGCAAAUUUAUUAAUAAUCUCCUCUAUGUUUUCGCAAAAACCAUUGAAAUUGAAAGCCGGCAAAUUUUAUAUUUUAUCUUUGGAAACAUUCAUCAAUAUAAUGAAAGGGUCAUAUUCUUUCUUUGCUCUACUGAAUAGUAUGCAGUUGGAAAACCAUGAAUGA